AUGGCCGACGACGCCACAAAGAACAUGGCCAAGCUUCAGCUUGACGAUGUCACCGGUGAGAUGGUGUCGAAAUCUGAGCUGAAGAAGCGCCAGCAGAAGCGAGCUAGAAAGGCUGCGCAGGAGAAAGUCCGCCAGGAAAAAGCAGCUGCCGGUCCAACUCAAAAAACAGCAAGCCCAGCUCCAAAGCUAGAAGAGAUCCCUGCCGAUCCCGAAGCCAUGUUCAAACUGGGCUUCCUCCAUGACGUGUAUAGCGAACGACCCGAAAAAAAAGUUGUCACUCGUUUUCCACCAGAGCCCAAUGGAUAUUUGCAUAUCGGUCAUGCCAAGGCCAUCGCUGUCAACUUUGGCUUUGCCAAGUACCACGGUGGUGUUUGCUACCUGCGAUACGAUGAUACCAAUCCAGAGAAGGAAAAAGAGGAGUACUAUACCGCAAUCCAGGAAAUUAUAAAAUGGCUAGGAUUUGAACCGUACACGAUUACAUACUCUAGCGACAACUUCGACAAGCUUUAUCAGCUUGCAGAGAAGCUGAUCAGUCUGGACAAGGCCUAUGUUUGUUCAUGUAAUGAUGUCGAAAUCAAACUUCAGCGAGGAGGCGAGAAAGGGGCAACUCCCAGAUACCGCUGCCAACAUGCCGAGCAAACCCCUGAGGAAAACUUAACCAAAUUUCGAGACAUGCGUGACGGCAAGUACAAGCCCAAAGAAGUGUUCCUCCGCAUGAAGCAGGACAUCACCGAUGGCAACCCCCAAAUGUGGGAUUUGGCUGCGUACCGGAUCAAAACCGACGAGCCCCAUCACCGUACUGGCUGGGAUUGGAAGAUCUACCCAACUUAUGACUUCACGCACUGCUUGUGUGACAGCUUCGAGGGAAUUACACACUCACUAUGUACCACCGAGUUCAUCCUUAGCCGUGUGUCGUACGAGUGGCUCAACAAGUCGCUCGAGGUUUACGAGCCUAUGCAGAGGGAAUAUGGACGCCUCAAUUUGACUGGUACUGUGCUGUCAAAGCGAAAGAUCUCGAAGCUCGUGGACGAAAAGAUUGUGAGAGCUUGGGAUGAUCCAAGACUCUACACUCUUAUUGGUAUUCGUCGACGUGGUGUCCCACCUGGUGCCGUUCUCAAUUUCGUUAAUGAACUUGGCGUCACUACAAACAUCACAACCAUAGCUACGAACAGAUUCGAGCAGGUUAUUCGAAAAUAUCUGGAAAAGACUGUUCCUAGGCUAAUGAUGGUUCUCGACCCGGUGCCUUUGGUCAUUGAAGAUGCUGAGGCCGUGGACAUAGAGCUGCCUCUUUCGGAUCGAGCGGACAUGGGAUCCCGCAUAAUUCACUUCACACCAACCGUUUACAUUGAUCGAUCAGAUUUCAGAGAAGUGGAUAGCGAGAAUUAUUUCCGUUUGGCUCCUGGAAAGACUGUUGGCUUGCUGAACGCGCCGUACCCUGUCAAGGCUGUGUCUUUUACCAAGGAUGAAACCACAGGAAAGGUGACGGAAAUCCGCGGUGUCUUUAACAAGGAGGCCGUAAAGGCCAAGGCAUAUAUCCAAUGGGUUGGCACCGAAGGUUCACGAAACGUAGAAGCCCGAGUUUACAAUGCUCUCUUUAAGUCAGAAAAGCCAGACGAUGCGGAAGGAGGGUUUUUGAACGAUCUUAACCCAGACAGCGAAGUUAUCUACCCCAAUGCCGUGAUCGAGUCAGGAUUGGAUGAAGUCAAGCGCCGAGCACCGUGGCCCGAGGCUGCCGGUGAGAGCGAGCUUGGUAAAGGGGGCCCCGAGAGUGUGCGCUUCCAGGCCAUGCGUGUUGGGUACUUUGCAAUGGAUUCCGACAGCACUGAAGACAAAAUUGUAUUGAACCGGAUUGUGAGCUUGAAGGAAGACGCUGGCAAGAAAGAAUAA